CUUGAAGAAUAAAAAAUCAACCCAUCUUGCAAUCCAAUCCAUUUUAAAUAUGUUUCGUGCUUUGUUCACUGUGAUGACUUGUGUUAUUCCCUUAGUAGUUGCCCAAACUUCCAUUGUCAGUGUCACCUCUCCUUUACAAGGCGCUACCUAUUUUGUUGGACAACCCUUGGUGAUUUCAUGGAUCAAUCCUCGAGUGGACACUAUCUCUAAAAUUCAAAUCUCUCAUGGUGAUCCUGCUGCUCUACAGCCCGGUGACGUGAUUGCCACCGAUGUGGAUGCUGGAAAAGGCUCAUUUGAAUGGGAUAUUCCUUCCGAUUAUCCUACUGGAAAUGACUGCAAGUGAUGAUAAAUUGCGUUUGAUCAU